UGUCAAUACGACGGGACGAAAUAAUGGAGCACACGGAGAACUUUUUGUAACGCUUUCAUUCUCUUCAAGGUUUUCUUGACGUCCCGAUUGACAGUUUGACGUUUGGCGUUGCGGCGCGCGCGCGGCGGCUCUAUAUGUUCAGUGGACAGUAUUCAUCUCCAUAGUGUUUAACAUCGUACAUUGAUAUGUGCACCAUCGCUGAUAUGACGGCAUUUUUCUCUCGGUAACCCCAGAAAACCACCAGAAACAUUUAAGCCACGCAGUUAUCGUCAGAAAAGCGCAGAAAUGGAUCUUAUGGGAAUCUACCUGCUUCACCUCACCGUUGCCGCUUUGCAGGUAUUUCUUUCUGCGGGGAGGGAUUGUCUUAUAGCCGGUGACAGCUGUUCCAGUGACGAAAACUGCAGCCCGCGUCUCAGGACGUUGCGUCAGUGCGUGGCAGGGAACGGCAGCAUGAAACUCGGCCCUGGGGCCCGCAGUCAGUGUGCAAACGCCGUGUCAGCCCUGCUGUCUAGCCCUCUACACGGCUGCCAGUGUAGACGGGGCAUGAAGAGAGAAAAGAACUGUCUCAGCAUAUACUGGAGCCUACACCAGUCGGGCAUACAUGGUCUUAACCUGGUUGAGAAUUAUCCAUAUGAAACAGAGGAGAAAGGAUUUGACUAUGUUCGCCUGGCCUCCAUCACUGCAGAUUCUGACGUUGGCAUGACAACAGUUAACCGUUGCCUGGAUGCGGCCAAAGCUUGCAACAUAGAUGAUGUGUGCCAGAAACUGCGCACCGAGUACGUAUCAACAUGCAUCAAGCCGUCUACGAAGUCCGGCCAGUGCAACCGGUUGCGAUGUGACAGGGCCCUACGCCGUUUCUUUGACCGGGUUCCGCUGGAGUACACGCUCGAACUGCUGUUCUGCCCUUGCAGCGACAUGGCCUGCUCGGAGCGACGUCGACAGACCAUAGUCCCCAGCUGCUCCUACGAAGAAGAGGAGAAACCCAGCUGCCUUUCCCAAGUGAGGAUCUGCAAGGCCGACUAUGUGUGCAGGUCUCGCUUGGCUCAGUUUCAGUAUGACUGUGAACCAGAGGAGCAGUCAGCCAACGGGUGCAAGCAGGGCAACUAUGCAGCGUGUCUUAUUGCCUAUACUGGACUUAUAGGCAGUCCGAUCACCCCAAACUACGUGGACAACUCCACAUCCAACGUGUCUCCCUGGUGCUCGUGUUCGGCCAGUAGCAAUCUAAAGAAUCAGUGUGUAGAGUUUCUGGAGUACUUCACAGAGAACGUCUGCCUCAGAAAUGCUCUCUUGACAUUCGGGAACGGAAUGGACUUCACUCCUACUUCUACCCAGUCGGUGCGGCUGGGCCCUGCGACGGACAAAGAGCUACAGCGGGUGACUACUGUGUUUGUUGCCAUGGAUACUGAACAGAACGUUCUGAGCCCAGUCAAACCCACACAGGACUCCGUAAAAGUGAACCUUUGGUCGGACUCCACCGCGUCCUUUGACACACACCAGAACUCUGCCCACGUGUCGGCUUCAGCAUUGCUUCUGAUCUGCAUUUGUGUUUAUCUCAACAUCUUGCUCAGCUAUUGCCAUUAAAUGGACAGAAGGAAGUCUGGGACAUUGUUUCUGACAGGCCCGUGAUUUUGGAUCUACUGGAACAUUUUUUGAGGUGAAGAAACUGGCCCCAAUGGCCUCAUAUUUCUGACCUGGAAGUCAUCGUGUUAUAUCUGUUUCUGUGGAACCGCCUAUCAAACCUACAGAAUCUGCAAUUUUCAAGGCACUUUUAUAGACCUGAAUGUGUUGUUGGUGAAAAACAAAGGCCAGCGGAAAGUGUGUAUCUGUACAUAUGUACAUAGCAUCACAAAGAGUCAAUAUGGAACUUUGUUGUUCAUGAAGAGUUUCAGUGUAAAAUCAUAUUUUUGUGGUCGGGUGGGAAUUCAAAAGACUGACUCUUCCAAGUUUCUAAAGCCCAAAUUACCUCCUAGCAUUCAUGAAAUCAAUUCCUGAUGAAAUGUGGAGCAGAGGGAAAUGAAUCUUUCUCUUUUUCCCUUUUUCUAGUUCCUCAUGCAUCAGUUCAAGCAUUUGGAGAUCCCCUGAGCAAAACAGGGAUUUAAUAUCAUUCUGUUCAACUUGACUGAAGAGAAGACAAAGGCUAUUUCUGAUCAAUAAUGGAAUGGUUAUGCCUUUGGGUAGAAGUAAACAAUAUUCUUCUCAAUGCUCAUACCAACACUCCAAAUGCACAAUGUGCUGUUGCGAUACAAGCUAACCAAACUUCACAUAUUGAUUCAAGAACCAACAUUUUUCUACGUCACAGAAUCCCACCAAGUGUUGUCUUUUUGUAAAAUAUGAUGUCUUUAUGAGGAGUCACAGUAAAUAUGCUUACGAUGAAUAUGUGGUAUAUACCGUAAAGGAAGGUUAAGGAGUGGCGUUGAUUAGACAAAUGACCCGUGAUAUUUCUAAAGGAAGGCUGUGAAUCUCAUUAUGGAACAUUCUUUGGUUCAUCACAUAUGCCAUUAAUAAAAUAUGCUGGUUCAUUUAAA